AUGGACACGGAGCCGCUGCGCCACAGCGCCGCCGCGGGGCCAAAGGCAUGCGCGACGUGCCGUCUUGCCCACGUUUCUUGCGACCGGGAGCAGCCGUGCGCACGGUGCGUGAGGGUGGGCAAGGCCGAGAGCUGCCAGCCGUCGCCCACGCGCAAGCGCGGCCGCCCACGCAAGACCCCCGCACCCGACAACCAAGAACUACAACAAGACCCGGGGAACUCGGCUGCAACAGCAGCGAGCAAGCGCCUUUGCGUGCGGCCCAAGACGACCGACCCUGUGGUCGAUCUGCCCGGCGACGGCCAGCCACCACACGCCGCACCUGCGCCUGCUGCAGGCCCACACUGCUCCUCUUCGCCGUCAUUAUCAUCGUCUUCGUCUUCAUCGUUGUCACCACCGGCGGCGGAGGAGGGUUGGGCGUCGUCGUGGUCGUAUCCCUCAUCAUCAUCGCCUUCGCAGCCCGCGGGAUUCGCGCCGCGUGCUCUACCGGCGCCGGCGGCGGGCCAGGGCAAGCAGGAGCAGGACUGGCAGGGGCUGCGGUCGCUGCUGAUGCUGGUGCGCGAGAUGCGGUGCGAGAACGAGCACCUCCACGACACCAUCGCCCAGCUGCGCGCCACGCAGAAGAAGACCGAGCGCAGGCUGGCGCGCAUGGAGCAGGACAACGAGAUCAAGAGCCGCCAGCUCAAGCAGACCCACAUCGAGCUCGAGCAGACGCGCGUGGAGCUCCACCAACUGCGCAUGGAGCUCAACAAAAAGAUCGACGAUCACGUCAUGGCGGCCCACCCAUGCCCACCACCGCGAUCCGACUCUCAGGCAGCGGUGGCGGAGCCCACGAUGCCGGGAGCCGACGUGGAGCGGUUCAUCGCGCAGACGCUUCCGUUCCUGCGGGCGUUCGAUUGGUCGUCGCUCAUCAUCCGUGACUUGCGGCGGCCGUUCUUGGUCAUGCGAAUGGAAGAGGCCGAGACGCUGGACGACAUGGACACGCCCAUUAUCGCGUACGCGUCGCCCUCCAUGUGCAAUCUCCUCGGCUACGACACGCGCGAGAUGUACGGCUUCCCCAUAUCUUCGUUCGGCGUGGCGGACCCUGAGAGUAUUCAGACCUACGUACGGACGAGGCUGAUGCGGUCGCCCACGCCCGUCGGGGAGCCGUUCUUUGUGUCCUGCACCUUCAUAACGAAAGAGGGGCGCGGAGUGCUAGCCCUCUCCGAACAUCAACUCCUCUGCAGCCAACGGCGACUGGUGGACUGGCACAUCAUGCAGGUGGAAAGGGUUCUUGCGACGGACCUGGGGUUGGUGGUGCCGCUCAUCAAGCCGACCUACAGCGUCGGACACGACGAUCCGAGGAAGCGUGUCUGCAGCAUCGUGCACGAGCCUAGCAUCCGCGCGUACCUGCUCGCUCGGCUGCCGCAUUCGCUGCUCUUCGGGCGACGCGGCGAGUUGACCACCACCGCCCCCCAACCGCACCCGCACUACAGCUUCGGCAACCACCACCACCACCGCAGCGGUACCGCAGAGCAGCAGCGACCACCAACACCGUCGGGCCUAGACGUGACGACGCACGAACUACGGGCAGAAGGUAACAACUACAACAACGACGACGAGCUGGAGGAGCUCGGGUGGAAGCGGCGCGCGCUCACCACUGUUCGGUCAGUGGAUGAACUUCGCUGA